AGACAACUUCCGUGUUUUUUGCUCCUGCAGACUCAAACAACUGUUUCAGAGUCAGCUCCUCUGUUACAAACAGGAACUUAACAUCUAUUAACAGAGCUGAAUUCGCGUUUUAGAACUGACCACAGGUCAGCGUUUUGGCAUCCGGGAUCCUCUUGUGACAGUCAGCUGAUCGCGGCCAGGAUCUGCAGAAAGCUUUGAGCUCUCCUGUCUGACGACAAGAAGUACAUUCAUUGUUUUUCUAUACGGGUAGAAAUGGCCACAAACCCACCAAAGUUAAAGACUGCGAUUACUGCCAAUGAAAGGCUGCAAAACUUGAAAAAUACUUUUGAAACAAAGUAUGGACAGUCUCCUCACUUCUAUGCAUGUGCACCUGGAAGGGUCAAUCUAAUAGGAGAGCAUAUCGAUUACUGUGGCUAUUCUGUUCUGCCAAUGGCCAUUGAACCGAAUAUCCUCGCAGCCGUCUCAGUGAACAAGUCAGGGACAAUCACACUGGCCAACACAAAUCAACAGUACAAGGAUUUCACUGUGUCGUGUUCAGAGGACAUUGCCAUCGACAGGGAGAAUCCAAAGUGGCAUUAUUAUUUUCUCUGUGGAGUCAAAGGUAUUCAGGAGAAAUGUGGGCUUGCUCAUUUAGCAGGGAUGUCGUGUGUUGUAGAUGGAACCAUUCCUCCGAGCUCCGGCCUGUCCAGUUCUAGUGCCUUAGUUUGUUGUGCCGGGCUCGUAACAAUGGAGGCAAAUCAAAAGUCCCUCUCCAAGGUGGCAUUGGCUGAGAUAUGUGCCAAAAGUGAGCGCUACAUUGGCACAGAGGGAGGCGGCAUGGACCAGUCCAUCUCAUUCCUGGCAGAGAGAGGAACUGCCAAGCUGAUAGAGUUCCAGCCUCUGCGGGCCACUGAUGUCAAACUUCCAGAUGGAGCCGUGUUUGUGAUCUCCAACUGCUGCAUGGAGAUGAACAAAGCUGCUUCUUCUCACUUCAACAUCCGUGUGGUGGAGUGUCGAAUCGCCACAAAGAUGCUGGCCCAGGCACGAGGUCUGGACUCGAGCAGGUUUAUGAAGCUGGUGCAGGUUCAGAUGGAGCUGCAGGCCUCCCUGGAGGAGAUGCUGGCUCUGGUGGUCGAGGUGUUGCAUCCUGAGCCAUACAGCCGAGAGGAAAUCUGCAAGGCGCUGGGCAUCACCUCGGAGCAGUUUUCCACAGAGCUGCUGAGCGCCAACACUCAGCAUGUAAAACAUUUCAAGCUGCACCAGCGAGCCAAGCACGUGUACGGUGAAGCUGCACGGGUGCUGCGGUUUAAGAGCGUGUGUGACUCCGAACCUGUCGAAUCCGUACAGCUACUGGGAGACCUGAUGAACCAGAGCCAUGCCAGCUGCAGAGACCUGUAUGAGUGCAGCUGCCCUGAACUGGAUCAACUGGUGGACAUCUGUCUGAAGUCGGGGGCAGUGGGAUCCCGGCUGACAGGAGCAGGUUGGGGCGGCUGUGCUGUCUCCAUGGUUCCUGAUGAGAAGGUGGAGUCUUUCUUACAAGCAGUGAGCGAGGCCUACUACCUCCCUGAUCCACGCAGAGCAGCGAUGGAAAAACAGAGUUUGUUUGUGUCAAAGCCGGGCGGGGGAGCUGCAAUUUUCCUUGAUGAGUAAAAUGCAUCAUCCGUUAUCUGUUUAUGUAAUCAUUUAUUCAAAUACACUACUGCAGUGGAAUAAAUGAUAAUUGCUUACACUUGAUUCAGAAGGCACUUACAAAUGACAAGUUAAUCCAAAAUGUAAACCUUACUUUACUCUAUUAAGAUUAUUCUGGAAUAGAAGGGCCAAAAAUUGACGACAGUGGUGAAUUAUUUCUUACAAAGGGAAUAUGUUUUUUUGUGUUUUUAAAUCAUGAAGGUUUUUGUAAUAAAUUGAUUUUGUGCAGCUAAUUCACUGUCUCACUGUUUAACUCGGAAAAGAAAAGAUGAGAAAAUAACAGCAAUCUUGUUUAAUUUGUGCUGCUGUAUAAAAUCCAUCCAUCCUUUUUGUUUACAUUUUAUACAUGAACAUAAUUUAACAAGGGCAAAAAAAUCCUUAAGAAUUAAAUAAACCGAAUAUUUUCAGGCGUUA